GACCCCAGCCAUCUGCGUGGACAUGCAGGCCAGAUGCAGAGGGAGGGGCUCUUGGCUUCUUGGUCUUUGACUUCCUGCUUAGACUUGGGAAACUGAAGUGUGGAGUGUAGAGCCUGAUAAACAGGCCAUAUCAUCUUGGGACAGUGCCCAUGGUCUCAGAGAUCAGUGCCAUGCCAAAACAAAUAAUUAGGUCACAGAGAGGCCUCUGUCCACCUUCAUCUCUGUAAACUCAGGACCUUACUCCUUUCUCACAGGGUUGACUGAUGUCAGGAUUGAGGUGUGUGAACACGUGGAGAUGCUAGGGAUUAAAAGUCUGUUCUUUUUCUUAGUGAAAUCCCUUUUUCUAGCCUGGCACUUUCCACAGAUAUUUCACUGAACAAAUAUUGAUUGAUCCAAGCAGUAUGCUGGGUGCUAGGACCACAGCCCCACAAAGUAGGCCAAGCCCCUUGUCCUUACAGAGCUCAUGCCUAGGGGUGGAUGUAGGUAGGUAAACAGGAACGACAAGACAGGCAGGGCUGUGCCAGAGGGAGCACGGGCUGCCUGGGCACACAGCAGAGGGUUACCCAGCCUGGCCUGGCAGGGAUGUGGUGUCAAAGGAGGUGAUGGCCAAGACUGAGGCUGCAGGGUGAGUAGAAACUAAAGUGUACGUGAGGGGGGAGUAUGUGCUCCAGGCAGGGAGAGCAGCACAGGGCCAGGAGCAGCCUGGACAUGAAGCUGGAGGAGGGGCUGUCAAGAUGUGAGGUGGGAGGCGGGUGGAGUCCAGGACGUGCAGGGCCUCAUGUGCCAUGGUCAGGUGUUCGGAUGUGAUGCUCUUAGGUUUUGGUAAUUCUUGGUACGACUUGUCUCCUUUGCUGCAGUGAGCCCAAGAUCUGGUCCCAGACAAGGCCAGGCAUUCCCAUCCCUCAGAGGUAGCCCUGCCUUCAGGAGAAGGAGGCUCCACUGUUCCUACCGUAAUAGUGAGUUAGCUCUUUGGGCAGGGCGUGAAAGGGAACCACAGGAGCUGAUCCCACAGCAUGCCACCAUGGGCCCUGAACCUGAGCCCCGAGUCACAGGACACUGUGGUUUCCCAGGCCUGAUCUGCACUGCAGACGGUGGCCGGGCAGUGGAGGAGGUGGCCGCCGUGCUGGAGGCUGGCACACCCUGGGCCCCAACAGCCCUUUCCUUUUGGGAGCUGUAGUCCUUUUAAUUCACCACUUUGGCCUGGCGUUCAUCCUGCCCCAUCUCAGUGUUUUCCUGUCUAGGUCUUCACAGGAUUCCAAAACAGCCCCUAGUUCAUGUUCGGGCCAAGGUCAGUUCUGGACUCUCCAGCCAGCCUAAAUCUGAUAAAUGUUUGCCAAGAGUUGGCAACAUGCCGGGCCCCGUGUGAAGUCCUGCAGUUACAAAGAUGAACAAAAUAUGAUGCUGCUCUGAAAGAAUUCAGUCUGAUGGGAGAAGACUGAUGUAGAAACAAAUGAUUUCUGAGUCUGACUCCCAGUCAGAUGCCAGUGCCGUGUAGUAGAAAGGCCAUGGUCCUGUGACAUUGUAGCUGAGUCACCUGGCUUGCGGGACAGUUGGCAGGCUCACAGGCAAUCAUGGAUAUAAAGGAUCCAGUGCAGUCCUUGGCUCCUGGCGAGACGCAUGCAAGGGCUGCUGCUGUUUGCAGUAAUGUUCAUGACAGGCCAGCUGACCGCUGCUGUGGUGGACAACAUAGACUAAGGGGCGUGUGGUCAGGUGGAGUGGGAGCUCAGCUGAGACAGGAUUCUUUCAGGGUUGGGCAUGGUGGCAGGGGCCCAGGAAGUACCACAGACAAUAUGGCACAUUUGGGGUCAACCUGGAAGUUGAAUGAGUUUACCAAGUAGAGAAGGUACAGAAGGACAUUCCAAGCAGAGGGGGCAACAUGGGCAAUCGCCUGGAGGCCUGGUGGAACACGGCUUGUUUAAGGACUGGGAAGUAGUUUAGUUUGCCAGUGAGAUCGUGGGUGACUUGAGAGAAAGGAGCAUUUACCAGCAAAAGCUAGAUCCUGCAGGUCGGGGAAUGAAUAGGAGGAAAGGAAAUGGUGACAGAAGAUGUACUUGAUUACUCAAGAGUGGGCCAGGUGAAUUACCCGAAAGUAGCGGACAGCUCUUCCUUCGAUGAGGACAGCAGCGAUGCCUUAUCCCCUGAGCAGCCUGCCAGCCAUGAGUCUCAGGGCUCGGUGCCGUCACCCCUGGAAGCCCGAGUCAGCGAGCCACUGCCCAGUGCCACCUCCGUAUCCUCCACUCAGGUUGUGUCUCAACUCCCAGUGGGCCCGGAUUCUGGAGAAACGCUUCUCCCGGCAGAGCAGCCUCCUCUGCCUCCCAGCCUCACCAACGGGACUGCGGCCCCCACCACCAAGCCUACCCCCACGCUCAUUAAGCAAAGCCAACCCAAGGCUGCCAGUGAGAAGUCACAGCGCAGCAAGAAAGCCAAGGAGCUGAAGCCAAAGGUGAAGAAGCUCAAGUAUCACCAGUACAUCCCCCCGGACCAAAAGCAGGACAAGGGGGCGCCCCCCAUGGACUCCUCCUACGCCAAGAUCCUGCAGCAGCAACAGCUCUUCCUGCAGCUUCAGAUCCUCAACCAGCAGCAACAGCAGCACUAUAACUACCAGACCAUCCUGCCUGCCCCGCCAAAGCCGGCAGGUGAAGCUCUGGGAAACAGUGGGGCCCCCGCAGUGCGCAGCCUCUCCACUACCAAUAGCAGCUCCAGCUCGGGCACCCCUGGGCCCAGUGGGCUGGCACGUCAGAACAGCACCUCACUAACUGGCAAGCCGGGAGCCCUGCCUGCCAACCUGGACGACAUGAAGGUAGCAGAGCUGAAGCAGGAGCUGAAGUUGCGCUCACUGCCUGUCUCAGGCACCAAGACAGACCUGAUUGAGCGCCUGCGUGCCUACCAAGAACAAGCCAGCCCUGCCCCGGGAGCCCCCAAGGCUCCUGCCGCCCCUUCCAUCCUGCCCAAGGCUGGCGAGGUGGUGGUAGCCUUCCCAGCCACCCGGCUAAGCACAGGGCCUGCCCUGGUGGCAGCAGGCCUGGCCCCAGCCGAAGUGGUGGUGGCCACGGUGACCAGCAAUGGAGUGGUGAAAUUUGGCAGCACGGGCUCCACACCCCCCGUGUCUCCCACCCCCUCAGAGCGCUCACUGCUCAGCACAGGCGACGAGAACUCCACUCCUGGGGACACCUUUGGUGAGAUGGUGACAUCGCCACUGACCCAGCUCACCCUGCAGACCUCACCACUGCAGAUCCUUGUAAAGGAGGAGGGCACCCGGGCCGGGUCCUGCUGCCUAAGUCCUGGGGUGCGGGCAGAGCUGGAAGGACGUGAUAAGGACCAGAUGCUGCAGGAAAAGGACAAGCAGAUCGAGGAGCUGACCCGCAUGCUCCGGCAGAAGCAGCAGCUGGUGGAGUGGCUCAAGCUGCAGCUGGAGCAGGAGAAGCGGGCCCAGCAGCCUGCGCCAGCCCCAUCCCCCACCCCGGCCCUGGUCACUCUUGGCCCCCCAGUGAAGCAGGAGAACAGCUUCUCCAGCUGCCAGCUGAGCCGGCAGCCCCCGGGCCCUGCUCACUCCUUCAGCCCCAGCCUGGCAGCCUCCACUGCCCACCAUGCAGACACUUGUGCCCUGGUGCCCCCGGCUGUGGUGGUGAAGCAGGAAGCCGUGCUACCCGAGCCUGAGCCGGCCCCCACCCCCCAGCUGCUUAUGGGCCCACAGGGCCCCGGCCUCAUCAAGGGGGUCACACCUCCCACCCUCAUCACUGACUCCACAGGGACCCACCUUGUCCUCACCGUGACCAAUAAGAAUGCAGACAGCCCUGGCCUGGCCAGCGGGAGCCCCCAGCAGGGUCAGAGGUCAGGGUCUCCCCUAUCCUGUAUCCCCAACUCCACUGGCUUCCAUGAAAGCUUCUUGGAAGCCAGCAUGGCUAGCAAAGUUGUUCUGGCUCAGAAGCCCUUGUCCCAGCCUGGUUCUCCAGCCCCUGGCCCACCAGCCCAGAUGGACCUGGAGCACCCAGCACAGCCCCUCUUUGGGACCCCCACUUCUUUGCUGAAGAAGGAGCCGCCUGGCUAUGAGGAAGCCGUGAGCCAGCAGCCCAGACAGCAGGUGAAGAAGGAGAAUGGUUCCUCGAGCCAGCAAAUGGAUGACCUGUUUGACAUUCUUAUUCAGAGUGGAGAAAUUUCAGCAGAUUUCAAGGAGCCACCAUCCCUGCCAGGGAAAGAGAAGCCCCCCUCGACAGCAGCAUGCGCGUCACCCCUGGCCGCACAGUCUCCACCCUCCGCUGAGCUCCCCCAGGCUGCCCCGCCUCCCUCAGCCUCCCCUGCCCUCCCUGGGCGCCUGGAGGACUUCCUGGAGAGCAGCACGGGGCUCCCCCUGCUGACCAGCGGGCAUGAGGGGCCAGAGUCCCUCUCCCUCAUUGAUGACCUCCACAGCCAGAUGCUGAGCAGCUCUGCCAUCCUGGACCACCCCCCCUCCCCCAUGGACACCUCGGAAUUGCACUUUGCCCCUGAGCCCAACAGCGUGGGCCUGGACCUGGCUGACGGCCACCUGGACAGCAUGGACUGGCUGGAGUUGUCGUCGGGUGGCCCCGUGCUCAGCCUGGCCCCGCUUAGCACCACAGCCCCCAGCCUCUUCUCCACAGACUUCCUCGAUGGCCACGACCUGCAGCUGCACUGGGAUUCCUGCUUGUAGCUCUCAGGCUGCAGAGCCGGGGGACGGGCAGGCCUGGAAGUUGGGGAGCCUCAGGAACUCUUCGGAGCUCGGCUCUCUGCUGCCUGCCCAGCCUCUGCGCGUGGUCAUGAGUCCUGACAAUCACGGGCCUUGCUUCCCCUCCCUGGGAGGCCGGAGCAGGGCGUCCCUACACCUGGCUCAGGCUCACUGAGGAGAGGAGUUGCCGAGCAGCAGCUCUGGGUCCCCUCCGGGGUCUGGGAGGCCCGCACAGACCAGGGGCAGUCUACCUGACCUCCUUGUGUGAGGUCGGAGGUGCAGUGUCUGGCUGCAGUUUGCUCAGGCAGGUGAGGCCCAGGGCUGAGGCGAGGGCGCGAAUCUCCUUCCUUCUCUCCCCGCUUCCCUGCGAGGGAAGAAACUAGCUGGGCCUCCACCUCCCCGUUCCCCAUGAUGCCAACCCCCAGGCUCCCAGGUUCCCUGGGAGGGGGCUCCCUGCCAUUUUAGUGUCUUGAGUAGCGUAACCCUUUAGUAGUUGGUGGAAACGUUUUCUGUACAGGUGUAUAUACCUCUAUAUUAUAUAUCGCCAUACAUAUAUAUGCAUAUAUUUUUGGGGUGGGAGGUGGGUGCAGCUCCCUCCCAUCCUACUGUGCACAUAGUGGGGCUGGACGCCGCUUACCCGGCCCCACCCAUCACGUGUGUUUGACAUGUAGACACCCCGCCACAGCCUGUACCCAACCUGUCCUGCUUCCUGCUCCUUAUCAGUGCCACGAGGGCAGACGUGCUUCCUGGCCACCUGCCCACAUUCCGUCCCACUGCCUCACUGCAGCCACCAAGGCCCUGGGACAGAAGGGAUGUUGGCCCCGUGGUGGGGCAGAGGUGGCCCUCAAGCUGUGGCCUCCUCCUGCCUCGGGCCUGGCCUCCCUUCUGGCCUGUCACUCAUAAAGGAUUAGGGAUGGCGUCACCAAAACCAGUGCUGGGAGCGAGGUGGGAAGCUGUGUGGACUUUUUAAAAUAAAAAACAAAAACACCGAC